AUGGAAGAGGAUCCCUCGGUCUUCGACUACGACGAGGUUUACGACGAGAUGAAGGAGAAGAUUGCGUGCCGCAAGGUUCAGGAUCGAACGGACAGAAAGAUCGAGGAGCAGCACAAAAAGGCAAUGGAAGAGGAUCCCUCGGUCUUCGACUAUGAUGGGGUUUACGACGAGAUAAAGGGGAAGAUUACGCGCCCCAAGGUUCAGGAUCGAACGGAGAGAAAGACCAAUCGGAGGUUCUACGGGAACAAAUCCGAGAAGUCUAGGAACUUACCAAAAGAAUCUCGUCGGAACUCGCCAAGUGGAUCGUCGCAAGUCCAAAAGUUUGCCGGAAGUCCGCAGGGCAGAAUUUGGUAUAUCGAGGAGCAACACAAAAAGGCAAUUAAAGAGGAUCCCUCGGUCAUCGAAUGCGACGAGGUUUACGACGAGAUGAAGGGGAAGAUUGCGCGCCCCAAGGUUCAGGAUCGAACGGAGAUAAAGAUCGAGGAGCAGCACAAAAAGGCAAUGGAAGAGGAUCCCUCUGUCUUUGACUACGACGGGGUUUACGACGAGAUGAAGGGGAAGAUUGCGCACCCCAAGGUUCAGGAUCGAAUGGAGAGAACGAUUGAGGAGCAACACAAAAAGGCAAUUAAAGAGGAUCCCUCGGUCAUCGACUGCGACGGGGUUUACGACGAGAUGAAGGGGAAGAUUGCGUGCCCCAAGGUUCAGGAUCGAACGGAGAGAAAGGUUUUUGGAGUUGGAAGUUAA